AUGAUCUUCAACAUCACCACCCCCACCGCCUUCAGCGAGCCCAUUCCCACGGUUCCCAGCAAGCCCAUCCCCACCGUGUCCAGCAAGCCGGUCCCCUCCAAGCCCAGCAACCAGCCCGAGCCUGAGCCCGAGGACGCUUUCGAGUUCGAGUUCGCUCCCUACGCCUUUGGCGACCCCAUUCCCGACGUUCCCAGCAAGCCCAUUCCCACGGUGCCCAGCAAGCCCAUUCCCAACAAGCCCUCCAACAAGCCCGAGGAGGAUGAGCUUGAUGGUUCCGUCCCCUUCCACACUUUCGGCGAGCCGAUCCCCUCGGUCCCGAGCGCGCCUAUUCCUACUGUGCCCAGCAAGCCGGUUCCUACCAAGCCUGGUGCUAAGCCUACUGAUGAGGAUACGGAUCUUGAGGAUGAGUAA